AUGACGAGAGCCAAACAGAAGCCCUGUGCGCCAUGGCGCUUAGCAAGAAGCAACACACAAGCACUGAUCAGCAGGCCGUGCUGGAUGCUCAGCUCCUGCUCUGGCACCACACCAUCGGCUAUGUCAAGUCCAUGGCACUCAAGGCCGCCCUAGACCUCCGCAUCCCCGACGCCGUCCACCAGCAUGGCGGCUCAGCCACCCUCCCACAGAUAGUCACCAAGGUCACCCUCCACCCAUCCAAGAUACCAUGCCUGCGACGCCUCAUGCGUGUGCUCACUCUCACCGGCGUCUUCAGCGUCGUCCACGACGGCGCCGGCGACGAGCCUGUUUACGGGCUCACGCCGGCGUCUCGUCUUCUGGUCAGCUCGGGGCGCCUGAACGUGACUCCAUUCCUGACCUUGAUGCUCGGUACUGUCUUUGUGUCUUCCUUCUUCGACCUCGGCGAGUGGUUCGGGCACGAGUUGCCGGACCCGUCCCCCUUCAAGUUAGCGCAUGGACGGCAUAUAUGGGACCUUGCCGACCACGACGCAAGCUUCGGCAAGCUCUUCGACGACGGGAUGGUCGCGGACAGCAGUUUCAUCAUGGACGUCGUGGUCAAGGAGUGCAGCGACGUCUUUCAGGGGAUUAGCUCCCUUGUCGACGUCGCCGGCGGGCUCGGCGGCGCUACCCAGACCAUCGCGAAGGCGUUCCCGCAUGUGGAGUGCAGCGUGCUGGAUCUCCCACACGUUGUCGCCAAUGCUCCCACUGACACCAAUGUGAAAUACAUUGCCGGUGACAUGUUUGAGAGCAUUCCGUCAGCAAACGCGGUCUUCCUCAAGUGGAUUCUGCAUGACUGGGGUGAUGCCGAAUGUGUCAAGAUAUUGAAGAACUGCAAGAAAGCCAUAGCAUCUCAAGGAGGAAAGGUGGUAAUAUUGGAUAUGGUGGUUGGAGCAGGGUCGUCCGACGAGAAGCAUGUGGAGACGCAAAUCUUGUUUGAUCUCUUUAUGAUGUUUAUCAAUGGUGCCGAGCGAGAUGAGCUAGAGUGGAAGAAGAUUAUUUUUGAAGCUGGAUUUAGCUCUUACAAGAUCAUACCUGUUCUAGGUGUUCGAUCGAUUAUCGAGAUCUACCCAUAGAAAUCUACUAUGUAACUGAAGUGUAUUGUAUGCAUGAAUAAUCUGCGUGUGAAGAAGUGUUUUGCCACUUAGAAUGAUGCAGUCCUCAACAACGUGUAAUAAAAUGAUUUGAUCACCGCUGGAAGGAAGGUGUGCGAUGGUGUAUUUAUAUAAA